AUGAGGAUUUUCCUGGUUUGGACCCUUUUCCCAGGCGGCUGGGCGGUGACGGGCCCCGUGCAGGUGGCAGCCGAGCAGGGCGGCUCGCUGGCAGUGUCCUGCAGCUACGAGCCAGGCUACAAGCUCUACACCAAGUACUGGUGCCGCCCAAGCUUCCUCUGGUUUUGCUUCACCUACAUCGCCCAAACCAACGGCUCGGAGGUGACAGUGACACAGGGCAGGGUGUCCAUCAGCGACAACCACACAGCGCGUUCGUUCACGGUGACGCUGGGCGGUGUCACACCACGGGAUGCAGGCUGGUAUUCCUGCGGGUUGAAGAGGAGAGUGUUGUUCAACAUGUGGCAUGACACCGAGGUGACAGUGUCUGCAGUUGUUUCAACCACAACCAAGGGCAGUGACAUGAACCCGUUGGCCACCAACUUCCUGUGCCCCACAGGCUGUGGGGAGCUUCCAGCACUGUCCCAGUUUGGUGUCACCCUCCUGCUGCUCUUCCUCAGUGUGAAGGUGGCCGUGGCACUGGCCCUGGCGUGCUGGGCCGCCUGGAUGUACUGCCCCCAGCCUGGGGGCAUGUUUGGGGCUCAGAGGGUCCUUGGGCAGGGCUGA